UUUACCAUUUACCAUAAUUAUGCAUUGGUCGACAAAGAAAGUAUUAGGACGACAAUGGCGGAAGCAGCACUCUCAUUCGUUGUGGAGAAGCUUGGCAAUCUUGCCAUCGAGAAGGUGUCUUCCCUGCGAAACGUUGGGUCGCAGGUGACACAGCUGAAGGAUGAGCUCCGAGCAAUGCAAUGUUUCCUCAAAGACGCUGCAGAAAGGCAGACCAAGGACAGCAGUGUGCGUCAAUGGAUAUCCGACAUCAGACAGGUGGCUUAUGAUGCUGAAGAUGCCAUCGACACUUUCUCACUACAGGCCGAGACCAAAGGGGGUCUGUUCACCAGGUGUGUCUGCCUUCCGGAGCAUCUGUACCACCUGGAUAGGCUGCGCCAAGAGAUCGAGGCAAUCCUAAAAAAGCUCAAAGAAAUUGAUGAAAGACGUGCGAGGUUUGGGAUCAGAAGUCUCGACGAGGCUGCAGGGAUGGCCUGGUCGGAGGGGGUUGAGAGGAAGCGUCGCGUGUCUCCUUGGCAAGCAGACAAAAUUGUGGUAGGGUUUGAAGGCCAUGUUGAAACCCUACUCCAAAAGGCAAUUCUUGCCGACAAGACGGGACUUUCCAUUGCCAGCAUUGUUGGGAUGGGCGGUGUGGGGAAGUCGACACUCGCAAAGAAAGUGUACAACCAUGAGAGAGUGAGGAAGGAAUUCGAGAGGCGAGCUUGGGUGAUCGUGUCUCGUAGCUUCAAUGCGAAGGAAGUGUUGAAGGAGAUGGUGAGGCAGUUGAGACCUCGCGAAAUCGAAGAAACAAAGAUGGAGGAUUUGUUGUUUCAGACAAGUAUGACGGAUCCAUCAGAGAUGUUCUUGGAGAGAGAGUUGCAAGAAGAGCUGAGGGGGAAACCAUACUUGAUAGUGUUGGACGAUGUGUGGGAACAACAACAUUGGCAAUACAUAUGCGAUGUUCUUCCCAAUCAAGAUAAACGAAGCAUAUUGUUAAUGACAAGCCGCACUUCCAACAUCAUGAAUCCAAGUCCAGGUUAUGUCCACAGGUUAAUUGGCUUAGACGGUGAUGAAAGUUGGGAAUUAUUCCAGAAAGCAAGCAAAUGUCCACAGGAAUUGGAAAAUAUUGGAAGAACAAUAGUAGAAAAGUGCCAUGGUUUACCAUUGGCGAUCACUGUAAUGGCGGGCCUAUUGUUGGAGCAAGGAGAGUCUGUGAGAGCAUGGAAAGACAUCGAAUCUCAUUUGGAAACUGGGCAGGAUAGUGUGAGUUCAGUCUUAGAGUUGAGCUAUUGGGACUUGCCUCCGCGCCUCAAGUCUUGCUUCUUGUGCCUAAGCUUUUUCAAGGAAGAUGCUCUUAUUGAUGCUCGAACAUUGGUACGGUUGUGGAUCGCUGAAGGCAUCAUUUCACAAGGAAAGGGAAAGGAAACCAUGGAAGACAUAGCAAAGAGCUACUUGAAUGAGCUUAUGAACCGGAACAUGGUCCAAGCUAUCAAAUUAACCAAAGAUGAUCAAGUUAAAUCUUGCCAAGUUCACGAUCUUCUUUGGGAACUAUCCUUCAAAAAAGCAAAGGAAGAAAUCAAUUUUGAUGUCAUCUUGAACGCUGAAAAUACUUCGAAUCAGUCCUUGGAUAAACCUCGCCAUCUUUCCAUCCACUGCAACAACAAAAGUUUCAUGUCCUCGAAGAGUUCAAUUCCUCACCUUCGUUCACUUUUCUUGCAAGCAUCCUCAUGGGGUGAUAAUUGUGUUUCACCGAGUUUUUGGGAAAGGAUUGGGGAUUGCGUUAGGGUAGUCGAACUUGGAGGCUUAGGACUGACAACAGUGCCUAAGAAAAUUAGCUCUACACUUGGAUUGAAAUACCUUGGAUUGUGCAAGAACCAAAUCCAAAAGCUUCCAGGAUGGUUAGGUUGCCUUGGCCAUCUCCAAACACUUGAUAUAUCUGGAAAUAGGAAUAUGAUCGUUCCAAAUGUUCUAUGGAAGAUGCGUAGCCUGCGUCAUCUUUACAUGCCUCAGGAAAUCAUUUGUAAGGAGGAACCAUUGAAGUUAGACACACUGAAAGAUCUUCAAACUCUAUGGAAUGUUUCAUCCAAAAACAUUUCUUUGGAACAUCUUGGAGAAUUGGUGAGUCUACAAGAAUUGAAAAUAGAGCUAGCUGGAGAUGUCGAUGUUAGCAAACUCCUUUCCACAUUGGCUAAGUUAGAAAAUUUGGCUUCUUUGGCGUUAUCGUGGAGACUUGGGCAUGCCUUGUCUUUGGAUGGGAUUAGUAAGUUGCAACAUCUUAAACUACUUCAAAUAUUUGGAAAACUAGCAGAGUUCCCCCGAAGUUUUCCGCUGAAGCUUUGCAGCUUGAAAUUGUCUAGUACAAAUCUCAGUGAGGAUCCGAUGCCAAUACUCGGGAGGCUACAAGAUCUAUCGUGCCUCAAACUAUUUUCGGAUUCAUUUGUUGGUGAAGAGAUGGUUAUUGUGAAUAAAGGAUUUCCUGGGCUCAAAAUCCUCAGCCUUGUGGGCCUCUCGAAUUUGAGACAAAUAUUUGUAGAAACGGAAGGAUUGCUAAUGCUCGAAGAAUUGAAAAUAAGAGACUGUGGAGAUCUAAGGAUUCUUCCUGAAGAUGAAGAUCAACGAAUAAAGGCUAAUCUCCAAAAUUUAAAGAUAUCAGGGACAAGCAUAAUUGCAUCCAAGCUCAAAGGUGUGGUGGAGGCAGCCAUCUCACGUGCCGUGGAGAAGCUAGACUCUCUGGCAAUCAACAAGCUGUCAUCCCUGCUGCACAUCGACGCACGGGCAAAAUAUCUGAAAGAUGAGCUCUUGGCAAUAGUACCUUUCAUAAAAGAUGCAGCUGAAAAGCAAGCAGAGAAUGAGGAGAUACGCAAGUGGAUCUCCGACAUUAGAGAGGUAGCAUCUGACACUCUGGAUCUCAAAGUCGACACUCCAAGGAGGCGACAACAACUUGUGAGCCAUUGUGCUUCAUUUCCGAAGCAUGCAUACCAUAUGUACCAAGUGGGCCAGGAGAUCAAAUCCAUCCACAAAAGGCUCAACAUCAUCGCUGAAAGACGUAUGAAAUUGGAUUUGAAGUUUAAUGAGGUUUCGACAGAUACAUAUGAAUUUGGCGUUGAUCAGGGAGCCGGCAUGCCUACAGCGCAACUUAAACUAGACGAAACCAUGGAAGGCUUGGAAGAAGAUUUUGAUAUUCUACUCAGAGAAAUUUUCAAGUAUGGAGGAGAAAGCCUUUCCACAAGUUGCAUUGUAGGGAGGGGUGGUGUUGGAAAGACAACGCUAGCCCGAAAACUGUACAAUCAUCAUCAGUUCAAUCAGGGUUACCGAGCAUGGGUUACUUUGUCGCGUGACUUCAGCUAUAAUGAACUGCUAAGGAAGCUGAUCUGGCAAUUGCAACGUAGUCAGACCGAUUCACAUGAUUUAGAGGAUGAAGUUCGUCGAAUCUUGCGGGGAAAUAAUUGUUUCAUAGUAAUCGACAAUAUUCCAGAACAUAUAGAUUGGGGAUGCUUCACGAGAAUAUUUCCAGAUGAAGCUAAUGAAACAGGUCCGGCAAGAAUAUUGUUGAUGACAAGUCGACAUGUUCCUGAAAAUUCAAAGAAUGUUGAUUAUGUCCACCAAUUGAACGGCCUCAGUCCCGAUGAAAGUUGGCAAUUAUUCAUGAAGUCAGCUUUCAGAGAAAAGCAUGAUGGUAAAUGUCCUUAUGAGCUGGAGGAAAUAGGACACCAAAUUGUGGAGAAGUGUCAUGGUGUGCCAUUAGCAAUCACUUUGAUUGCAGGCUUACUGUUGCAGCAAAAACAAUCUGUGAGUGGGUGGAAAAGAAUUUUGGAAGAAAUUACACUACAGGAAUCUUCGAAAGAUAUUGUUGAUAUAAUUUUGAAUUUGAGUUACUGGGAUUUGCCUCUGCAACUCAAGUCCUGUUUCUUACACAUGAGUAUUUUCGAGGAAGGUUCUUCGAUCGAUGCACGAACAUUGAUAAAACUAUUGGUUGCACAAGGCAUUUUUGCACAGGAAGAAAAUCUGACAAUGGAGGAGAGAGCAAGGAGCUGCUUACAGGAUCUGAAAAACCGAAAUAUGGUUUCUGCCUCAAAAUUAUCCUACGAUGGUCAAGUUCUUUUCUACCAAAUGCAUGAUCUUCUUCAUGAUCUAUCCAUCAGAAUAGCGAAAGAAGAAAGAUUUGACAUGAUAAACAAUGAGACUUGUUCCAAUCAAUCUUUGGAUAAAGUCCGCCAUCUUGUCAUCAACAGCAACAAUGAGAGCUUGAUGUCACUAAGCACUACUCCAAUUCCACACCUUCGCUCGCUUUUCCUGCGGGACGCUCCUAUGGAUUAUCCUGUUUUCAUUACAAAGAAUAUGCCACUGUGUUUAUGGAUCUUUUUGAAAGAUAUUGCACCGUUUGAUUGGAAAAGUGAUAAUGAAAUUCCACCGAGUUUUUGGGAGAGGCUUGGAGAUGAUCUUCAGGUACUUGAUCUUGGAGGCUUAGGAUUGAAAACUAUACCUGAGAAUAUUGGCAGGCUGAUUGGAUUGACGUACCUCGGACUGUGCAACAACAGAAUACAAAAGCUCCCGGAAUCCUUAGGCCAGCUUGGACACCUUCAAACGCUCGAUUUGUCCAUAAACAAAAGAAUGAAAAUCCCAAAUAUAUUAUGGAAAUUGGAUAGCUUGCGGCAUCUUUACAUGCCAAGAAACAUCAGUUGCAAGAAGCCUUUGAGAUUGGACACGCUGAAGAAUCUUCAGACCCUUGCUUUUGUUUCGACUAAAGACAUUGUGGUUGAGCAUCUUGCGAAAUUGACAAGUCUACGCGAACUGGGGUUGGAGUUGUUGAGGGGUGAUAAUGCCAGCGAGCUCUUCAACUUGUUGUUCGAGUUGACGGAUCUUGUUUCUAUGGAGUUAGCAUUUGAAUAUUCCUUGGAAUGGAUUCUUAACUUGCAGCAGCUAACUAAACUUGUUAUCAUUAAAGGAGUAGAACUGUCGUUGCCUCAAUUUCCGGCGAGUCUUUCCAGCUUGAGCUUCUUCGAUAGUGAAUUCAAUGAAGACCCGAUGCCAAUGCUGGGGAUGAUACCAAAUUUGUUACACCUGCAACUGGUUCGUACACAGUACUACAGGGAUGAUAUUAUGAGAUUUGGUCGUGGUUUUUGGCGUCUCAAAGUCCUCUGCCUUGCAAACCUAGACAACCUUCGGGAAAUUGAUAUGGACGAGUGUCCAUAUAUACCUUUGGAACGUUUGGAAAUAAUACAAUGUUCCCGUCUAUCCAUAUAUCAGUUGCAGCGAGAUAUGAGACUGAACCAUAAACAUGUGCAGAUCAUUGUGCGGUCAUAGAAUGUUGCUUUUACUUUUUAGAUUAUCGUUAUGCUUAUGCUUACCAGAUACAA